AUGCUGGGCGCUUCCGAGCUCACGGCUUCGGCCAAGGCCUUGGGUCCCAUCUCCGGGGAGGGUGCCCCAAGUGCCGAGCACCUCACCCCCCUCCAGAACCGCACCUCCGAGGGUACCAGCCCCUUCGUCAAGAGCUUUGUCGACAGCCCUGUGGCCUGGCAACCUCUCGACAAUGCCAGUAUUGAGCGAGCCAGAAGAGAGCACAAGCUCAUCUUCAUGCACAUCGGCUACCUAGCCUGCCACCACUGCCGCCUGAUGGCACAGGAGUCAUUCUCGAACCCCGACUGUGCGGCUCUUCUCAACGAGUACUUUAUCCCCAUUGUCAUCGACCGCGAUGAGCGUCCCGACCUCGAUUCCAUCUAUAUGAACUAUGUCCAGGCCGUCAGCAGCUCCGGAGGCUGGCCCUUGAACUUGUUUCUUACUGCAAACUUGGAACCUGUUUUCGGAGGCACAUAUUGGCCUGGGUCAGGUUCUGCUACAACCCGCGGUGAUACUGUCGGGGACAGAGACGAUGAGGUUCUCGACUUUGUAAGCGUUAUCAAGAAAGUCCAGCAGAUCUGGCGAGACCAAGAAGCGCGCUGUCAGAAGGAGGCCACCGAGGUCGUGGCUCAACUACGAGACUUUGCUGCAGAGGGAACCCUUGGCACCCGGACCCUAGGUGGCUCUCAUGCCAUAGCGCCGCAGACUACAAGCAAUGCAUCCGCUGCCGUCUUCCAUAUUGGCAGGAAGGAGGGAAUCGUGGCCAGUGAGCUUGAUAUUGAUCAGGUGGAAGAGGCCUUUACCCACAUUGCGGGCACGUUUGACCCCGUGUAUGCAGGCUUUGGUCUCGCACCCAAGUUUCACACCCCUCCCAAGCUGGCUUUCUUACUGCGACUGCCGGGUCUGGCAUCUCCUGUUCAGGAUGUAGUUGGCUACCCUGAUAGCCAGCAGGCUCGAAACAUGGCUCUCGAUACCUUGCGACAAAUUGCAAGCAGCGCUCUUCGCGAUCACGUCGGCCGAACAGGUUUCGCGAGAUGCUCUGUCACUCCAGACUGGAGCAUCCCCAACUUUGAGAAGCUUGUCGUCGAUAAUGCCUUGCUGCUAACCCUGUAUCUGGAAGCAUGGCUGUAUGUCUCAGGAAAGGAAGACGGCGAGUUCUUCAACACUGUAAUUGAGCUGGCUGACUAUUUGACUUCGCCUCCUAUCGCCCUCCCCGACGGGGGGAUCGCCUCUAGUGAGGCUGCUGACUCCUAUCAGAAGCGAGGCGAUAAGGAUAUGCAGGAGGGUGCCUACUACCUGUGGACUCGCCGAGAAUUCGACUCAGCUAUCAAUGCGGACAAGCAGGUCUGCGAGGUGGCGGCAGCAUACUACAAUGUUCUUGAGGAUGGAAAUGUGGACGAACAUCACGACCCCAAUGACAACUUUAUCAACAGGAACAUCCUCCGAAUUCGCAGAACACCGGAGGAUCUAGGUAAACAGUUCAAUCUCCCUGUCGAGACGGUCGCGGAAUUCAUCAAGACUGCCACAUCUGGCCUCAAGGAGAAGCGCGAUAAGGAGCGUAUAAGACCUGAGAUCGAUGACAAGGUCGUCACCGGAUUCAAUGGCCUGGCUAUCUCGUCAUUGGCAAGAACUGGUGGUGCGCUUAAGUCUAUACGACCAGAUCUAGCCGAAAGGUACCUUAGUGUGGCCAAGAAGACUGCCGCUUUCAUCCAGGAACAGCUAUGGGACGGAAAGGUGCUCUACAGAAUAUGGAAGGGCAGAAGAUCCACCACGGAAGCUUUCGCCGACGACUACGCCUAUGUCAUCUUCGGUCUGGUCGAUCUCUUCGAUGCUACCGGCGAUGAAAGCCUCCUCGAGUUUGCUGAUGUUCUUCAGAAAACCCAAAUCUCGCUCUUCUAUGAUCCUCUUGGCGCCUUCUAUUACACAACUCCUUCCUCUCCUCACACAAUUAUUAGGCUCAAGGACGGCAUGGACACUUCCCUUCCUUCAACUAAUUCCGUUUCUGUUACCAAUCUGUUCCGCCUCGGUGACUUACUCGCGGACGACAAAUAUACAGCCCUUGCAAGAGAGACAGUCGGUGCAUUCGAGGCCGAGAUCCUGCAGCACCCCUGGCUGUUCCCCGGCCUGCUGCUGGGUGUCGUGACCGCCAGGCUGGGCGUCGAGAAGAGUGGUCGCGAAGUCAAGUACAAGGAUACGAGGACCAAGGCCGCAUGA